ACUUGGCACGCCUUCGCACAGAACUAUGGCAUUGUCAAUGCUAUUAUGCACCAUAUUUCAAAAGAAAUCGAACCGGUUACAUAUUUAUCUUCACGUCAACCUCCUGACACGACUUCCAUUGUUGCGGCAGGGGCGCUGAAGAAUGUCCCCCGUGGUGCGUCAUAACUCUUUAAAUCGAGCGACGGCCACUUUGUAUCCAGCGGUAGGACGUGUCCUUGACCCAAACUACAUUGAUACGCAUUUGCAGGUUAAAGGUGACCUUGAAUGGCCGAUGCACGCGAACUUGCGGCUGGAUGCGGUACGAGGGACAGCGACCAAAAGGAGUUAUGUGGUCACAGGCUUUCUUGCACAGGAUAUGUCAAGAGCUCGACAAUUCUCCUGUGCUUGUGUAUCUUGCUUUCGCCCCAACCCUGCUCUACUCAGUACAGGAUGCGACUCAUUAAUGUUGCUGCCAUACUCGACGUUGAAACGAGUAUCAAAGAAGGGAAAGAAUUUAGUGCUUCAACUCCAGUGGUCGAGGAGUUUUACGGCCCUGACCUUGCGGAGAAAAAACUAUGCUAUUCUAUCGCAUUGUUGGGGGAAAGAAGAAAGAAAUCAGAGGGCGCACCGGUUACAAGAAGAUAUGGGCGUGGAUCGACACCUUGCUGCAUUGAUAAAACGAGCAGCUUCGAGUUAUCAGAAGCAAUCAACUCGAUGUACCAGUGGUACAAAAACGCGACAUCGUGUUAUGUCUACCUCCACGACACUGUUGGGGACUCUUGGACGAAUCGAAGGGACUCGCCAACCGUUCCAAAGUGGUUUACACGCGGCUGGACACUUCAAGAACUCGUCGCGCCAAAGGUUGUCCAUUUCUUCGAUCAGAGGUGGGAACCCAUAGGCGACAAAACACAACUUGCAGACAUUCUCAACGAAAUUACGAGAAUCCCACAGUAUAUUUUGAAGAACGAGCCGGAUCUCGAGCGCCCUGGCGUCGCCCAGAUUAUAUCUUGGGCCGCCAACCGCACAACAACACGAGAGGAGGACCGAGCAUAUUCGCUAUUGGGUCUGCUCGGCGUGCACAUGCUGCUGCUUUUGCAGCUGGAAAUUAUUCGCACGUCUAACCUGAGUACUUUGGCCGUGGCGGAAGACCCACCUGCAAAUUUUUCGGAAUAAACGGACUUUAUCGCACAGGAUUGGCUUACAUAAGUAGGAUUUCCAUGUAAUGAACAAGGAAACUAUCAGGGAAAAGUGGAGGAUAAGAUUGGACGUGGU